AUGAUCAGUGAUGAACGAUUAGCGAAUAUUCGAAAUAAUUAUCGAAUUUCAUUCAAAUUCCGAACAAUCUCAUCAUCAUCAGUUUUAUUUGCUUUCAUCGCUAAUUCCACUUACGGUUAUGAUUCGGCGUCCUUAGAAUUAUAUCACGGUCGAAUAAGAUACAGUUAUAGCUUUAACUCUCAAAUAGAAACAAUCUUGUCACCAACUUUGCCAGAUGGACAAGUCUUAAAUGACUUUAAAUGGCAUACUGUUCUCAUACAUCAGAAAUCAUUGGGUGGUGUGCAUUACAUUAUGAUAGAUAAUAGGAGCACUAUAAUGGAUAGUGUUCAGGGACACGUAGUCAAUUUAGAUACACAAUUUUAUAUCGGAAAUAUCCCAUCCGAUAUUUCCGGUUCUCUAAGACUUAAGAACGUUCCUAGCUUCCGCGGAUGCAUCUCUUCAUUCCGGAUUGGAAAUGAAUAUCUAGACAUUUUGAAAGAUGCAAUAGAAAAUUCCGGUAUUGUGAAAGGAUGUCACGACCAAAUUUUUCUGAGUAAAAUCAUGGCAGGUCCACAUACUCGAUGUUCACCUAAGACAUGCUCAAAUCGUGGUAAAUGCAUUCAAAAAUGGAAUUCCAUCAAAUGUGACUGCUCAAUGACAACUUAUGGCGGUGAAAAAUGUGAUAGCCUUGGUACAACCUAUGUAUUUGACUCAUUAUUAUCAGCAAUUUAUUACGAAUAUCCACAAUCGAUGAGACCGUCAACAAAUCGGGAUCAGGUGGCAAUUGGAUUUCGUACCCGACAAGCUAAUGCUGUACUAUUAAGUAUACAUUGUGAUGUGGAUGGUGACUUUUUCACCGUUUUCUUGAAAGAUGCUUAUUUGCAUGUUCGUUACAAUCUCGGAUCUCGGGAUCAUGAUGUUGGUUUUCGGGGUGCCUUACUAAAUGAUGAUAAGCAUCAUGCAGUUAUCAUAUAUCGACAGGAAGCCAACCUAACCCUGUACAUUGAUAAUCGCGAACCAAUUUAUUAUUCCCCUCUCGGUGGUGAUACAGAGCUUGUUACAUUAAACAUGCAAUCGAGAGUGACCAUUGGUGGAUCAUUCAAUUUAUUACAUCGUACAAAACGGCGGAAACGUGAACAACUUUAUGACAGUUACAAAGGUUUCAUCUCAGGUGUCAACUUUAAUGGUUUAAUGAUACUGGACAUGCUUGCUCAAGAAUCAAUUGAUGAAAAAUUGAAUCCAAUUCUUGAAUUUUAA